AUCAUAACAUCGCGAAAUACUAUCAACCAUUAUUUGUGUGGAUCUGCUAUGAAGGUUAAAAAUCGACUUAUCUCUAUCUUGAUUAGCUGUGAUAAAUAUAUUUUGUUAUAACUGUAAUUCCAAAUAUUUCUUCGAACUUUUACCUAUUUGAUAAGGCCAAAAAUCGACCUUUGAAAUGGCUAGAUUAAUGGAUAUCUUUCUCGAGAUGACAGCCGAAGCGAUAUGGUCAAUUUUGGAAUUCGCUUUUUAUCCACUACUAAUUUUACUAUCCGUUGUAAUAAUUUUGGCUGGAUGUGGUUGCUCAGUCGGUAUUCGCCAACUUUAUGUUAAAGUCCUUUUAAUAGUCUUCGAAUGGGGAAGGGAGAAGAUUAGGGAAAAAGAGGAGAGAAGAGAAUCCAAUGAAGUUGAACCAGAACCUGUGGCUAAUGGAGUUCACGUAAUCGAAAGAGAAAUCGAGUUGAAUUCAAAAGGAACAAUAGUUAGGAAAAAGUUGGAACGUUUGGAGUCAAUAACCCAAACUAGUGAAUUUCAAUUACACGAUGCGUUGGAUUUUUUUAAAUGUGGCAUUGAGUCAAUUAUUGAAGAUGAAGUCACUCAACGUUUUUCUGCUGCUGAACUUGCCUCCUGGAAUUUACUGACAAGAACCAAUACUUAUCACCAAUUUAUAAGUUAUAGGCUGACAACACUUUGGUUUAUUGGCUUCUUUUUAAGAUAUUUUAUUCUAUUUCCUUUUCGAUUAAUUUUAAUAGCUUUUGCUAUAAUAUCAUUAAUCACUGGGAAUACUAUUCUUGGAUAUUUAAAAGCAGGUGUUGUUAAGAGAUGGCUGACUUACAGAUUACAUGUUACCUGUAUGCGAUUGGGAAGCCGGGCUUUUUCAGCUGUUAUUCGUUUCCAUGACAAAGAGAAUAAAGCUAAAGGCGGCGGAAUAUGCGUUGCUAAUCACACCUCACCAAUUGAUAUUAUUAUCUUGGGCUGUGAUAAUAUGUACGCAAUGGUUGGACAACAACAAGGUGGUCUAUUUGGUGCUAUACAAAAAGGAUUUUCAAGAGCUGAAUCGCAUAUUUGGUUCCAAAGAUCUGAAGUUAAAGAUCGAGAAGCUGUUGCAAGAAGAUUAAAGGAGCACGUAUCGGAUAUUAAUAAAUUACCGAUAUUAAUCUUUCCAGAGGGGACCUGCAUUAACAAUACAUCUAUUAUGAUGUUUAAGAAAGGAAGUUUCGAAGUUGGCAGUACUAUAUAUCCUGUAGCAAUUAAAUAUGAUUCAAGAUUUGCGGAUCCAUUUUGGAACAGCAGUCAAGAAAAUUUUGCUAAGCAUCUUAUCAAUAUUUUAUCAAGCUGGGCUAUAGUUGUUGAUGUUUGGUACCUUCCUCCUCAAACUCAAAGGGAAGGUGAAUCAUCAGUUCAAUUUGCUAAUAGAGUUAAAUCGUAUAUAGCUGAAAGAGGGGGUCUAGUUGAUCUCAAUUGGGAUGGAGGAUUAAAAAGAGCGAAACCAAAACCACAAAUGAUGCAGAAACAGCAAGAAGAUUUCAGUAGGCGGUUAAAAACUGAUUAAAAACACUGCUGAAAAAACGUUUGAUCUCUCGAACUGUAGCCUUUUUUUCCCCCAUUUAUCAACUAUAAUAUAACUUCAAAUGUACUUUGAUUCGCCAUUGUAAAAGGGUUAUAGAGUUUUAACCUUAAAAAAAACUUCUUAUAUGUGUUCUCUAAUAUUCUACUAAAAAUAACACAAAAACUUAGCAUAUUUAUUAACAACUCCCAUCAAAUGAGAAUAUAGAAGAAUAAGAGGAUGAUAAAUAGGAAGAAAGAAAGUUAUUAAUGGAUGAAAAUAUAUAAAUAUAUAUAUUAUUGAAGGGAAGAUAUGAAAAAAGGCUAUUUAUAAUAAAAUUAUUUAUUUAUUUUAUUGUAAUUAAUUGAUCUAAUUGUACAUUGUUUUGUUAGAUACAAAUAACUCAAACAAAAACUGACAAAUUUAUUCUUUGUGCAAUAUUUUUUAUUAUUUUUUUAUUUUUCGUUAUUCCUUGAAUUGCUAGAAAAGUAGAAAAAGCUAAUUAAUAUUUUUGUUUAUUUCCUUUUCUCUUCCCUUCUCUCUCUUUCUCUCUCUACUUCUUUCUCAUAUUGCCAUAUUCUUUUCUACUCUCUUUCAGUUUUGAAAAUGCUCCUUUCAAUCUGAUAAUUUAAGAGAAUGCUAGGUAUCCUGCAAUUUUUAACAAUUCGAACGUUGUUUUUUUCUCUUUUUUGUUAAAAAAGAAAUAAGUUGAACUUGGUUUUUAGUUAGUGUUAAUAUGUUGCAGUACUUUAUUGACACUGCAGAAUUGGAAAGUUUAAUACAAGAUAUUAAUAUAUAGUAAACUAUAAUCGAUACUAUAUUCAACUAUUAGAAUUAUAUUCGUCAAUAAUAAGAACUAGCGAUGAUGUGGCUGGGUAACACGACUAACAUAUAAAUCUAUUUAAAUCAAAAGAAAAUUAAUCGUUUAUUCGAGUUUGAUCAAACUCAAAGUCAUUGAAAUAAACCAUAUAUAACUUUUACUAAUUUUAUAAAAUUAACUUUGAACUAUUUAAUAAAGAGAUAAUGAUGGUAUUAAUUUUCUGUCUCUCCUUUCGUUUUAAUCACGUGAUCUCUUGACUUUCUAUCUUUAAACAUAAUAAUUGACUUUGGAACGUCUAUAUUGAAAAUCAAAAAAGAAACCUUUGACCGAACUUUGAUCUAUUCUAAAUAUGAAUUAUUAUUCAUUUAACCUUAGUACAUACACAUGCAUAUACAUAUAUUCUCUUCAACUAUCUCUCUAUCAUUCUAUUAUAUCCAUAAUAUUUUUACUUGUUUAAAACAUUCAGUAGAAUAGGCCUUAAACAAAACUGUAAUACUUUAUUUUUCUUAGAUUCAUCUAUAAUUAGCUGAUUGAUUGGUUAAGAAAAUAUGAC